AGAUGGCAACAGAUGGCUUCGUAGCAGCAGCAAAUCACUCUAGCGGCAGCAAAGCAGAUGGAUCCGGUCCGGCAGCAGGCCAGCGACAGAGCAGAUUCAUACAAGCAACGAAUCACUGAAUAUCAUUCACUUUUAGCAAAUUCAUACAAGUUUAAGCACCAAACAUCAGGAAAUUGCAGAAUAUGAAACAAAAACACCCAAGGCAGAAAUUUAAGCACCAAACAUCAGGAAAUUGCAGAAUAUGAAACAAAAACACCCAAGGUGGAAAUUUUGGAGAAAGGCAGAUCCAGAUCUGAAGGAGGGAUCCGACGAUCGGAGAAAAUGGAGAAAGGGGAUUUUGGAUGGGAGAAGAAUCAGGUGAUGACCGGUGAUGUAGGUAAAAUCUCGAUUUUGACAACCUUGGCAGCAGCAGUAGAGCAGAUGCCUUCGGCAGCAGCAGCAGCAGCAACAGCAGCAAUAGCAGCAAAGCAAAUGUCUUUGGCAGCAACAGCAGAGCAAAUGGAUCUGGAAAUAGCAAUGGAGAUGGAUUCAACAGUAGCUACAACAGAGGAAACUGAGAAGGUGAGAUGAAGGUGAAAGAUGGGUGAGCUACAGACAAAAGAUUGAGAGUGAGACCAUGAGUGAGAGUGAUGAAAAUUAAAAUAAAUUAGGAUUAGGGUUAAAUGUAGGGGAAUGGGGUGGGUUGGGUUGGGAGUUGGGUUGGAUAGUAUUGGGUUAAGUUUAAUUGUAAUUGGAUUGGAUUUGGGUUUGGGUUUAGGUUUGAGUUUAAAGAAUAAAUUAAUUUUAAAAUA